CCCGACUCGUCGGUCUCUUUCCGUGUCUGCUCGCUGCCGUGCUAUCGUUCGUGUGUGCCGCACUUUAACAAUACAUUUUUCUCACCGCCCGUGACGGUUCAACAGUGUUUGAAUAUUUUUAUCCGUUUCGAUCUGUUAGUGUAAUAGUUUUUCGUCGUCAAACGAAAAUUCACCAUGGGUAAAGAAAAGGUACAUAUUAACAUUGUCGUCAUUGGACACGUCGACUCCGGUAAAUCCACAACCACUGGUCACUUGAUCUACAAAUGUGGUGGUAUUGACAAACGUACCAUUGAAAAGUUCGAGAAGGAAGCCCAAGAAAUGGGAAAAGGUUCCUUCAAAUACGCGUGGGUAUUGGACAAAUUGAAGGCUGAACGUGAACGUGGUAUCACUAUCGAUAUCGCUUUGUGGAAAUUCGAAACUGCCAGAUACUACGUCACCAUCAUUGACGCACCUGGACACAGAGAUUUCAUCAAGAACAUGAUUACUGGUACAUCCCAAGCCGAUUGUGCUGUACUUAUUGUUGCUGCUGGUACUGGUGAAUUUGAAGCUGGUAUUUCCAAGAAUGGACAGACCCGUGAACACGCUCUCUUGGCUUUCACCCUCGGUGUAAAACAGUUGAUCGUUGGUGUGAACAAGAUGGACUCCACUGAACCGCCAUACAGCGAAUCUCGUUUCGAAGAAAUCAAGAAAGAAGUAAGCAGUUACAUCAAGAAGAUCGGUUACAACCCAGCUGCUGUUCCUUUCGUCCCCAUCUCUGGAUGGAACGGAGACAACAUGUUAGAAGUUUCUGAAAAAAUGCCAUGGUUCAAAGGAUGGGCUGUUGAACGUAAGGAAGGAAAGGCUGACGGUAAAUGUUUGAUUGAAGCGUUGGAUGCUAUCCUGCCACCCAGUCGCCCAACCGACAAGGCUCUCCGUCUGCCUCUUCAAGACGUGUACAAGAUAGGAGGUAUCGGAACAGUCCCAGUCGGUCGUGUGGAGACUGGUGUGUUGAAACCUGGUAUGGUUGUCGUAUUCGCACCUGCCAACAUCACCACUGAAGUCAAAUCUGUGGAGAUGCACCACGAAGCUCUGGUCGAAGCUGUUCCCGGAGACAAUGUCGGUUUCAACGUAAAGAACGUGUCUGUUAAGGAAUUGCGUCGUGGUUUCGUAGCUGGAGAUACCAAAUCCAACCCACCCAAGGCCGCUGCUGACUUCACUGCUCAGGUUAUUGUGUUGAACCACCCUGGUCAAAUCUCAAACGGAUACACCCCAGUGUUGGAUUGUCACACAGCCCACAUUGCUUGCAAGUUCGCCGAAAUCAAAGAAAAGUGUGACCGUCGUACUGGUAAAACCACAGAGGCUAACCCAAAAGCUAUCAAGUCUGGAGACGCUGCCAUCAUCACUUUGGUGCCGUCCAAACCUUUAUGUGUUGAAGCAUUCUCAGAGUUCCCUCCCUUGGGACGUUUCGCCGUACGUGAUAUGAGGCAAACAGUCGCUGUCGGUGUCAUCAAGAGCGUCAACUUCAAAGACUUGUCUGCGGGUAAAGUAACAAAGGCUGCAGAAAAGGCAUCCAAGAAGAAAUGAAUAGGCGUAGCAGUAGCGCACACACGUCCUUCAGUUAGGUCAAACGGAAGUUGGCAUAGGUGUCAGACGCCAUCCCAACUUCUAAUACUAUCCAAAUGGUUGUUGCAACCUUGUUUUCACCGUAAAGAAUUUCGCAGGAAAAAAUCGUGUUGUGCUACUCAUAAUCGUAUCAUAAUAACAUUUUGUUUUUAUUUUUUAUUUAAUUGCAACAAUUUUUUAAAAUUUUGUUUAUGUUAAAAGAUUUACAAGGAUGGACAUAAUUUUAAAAAAAAUGCGUUUAUGUAUUGCAUUCAUUUUGAAAAUAAUUUUCUUUUGAAAUCUUUCUAUAAAAGCUAUAAUUUUAUAAUCUUAUAUCUUAAUUUUUUUUUUAACAUUAUUUACUGCAUCUAUGACUACAAAACCCAUUUGGCCCAACUGAAAGAAGGCAUUAAAACCGCCGCCUAUAUAUUGUGUUACGUUUGUACUAAUAACAUCGGCAAAUAAAACACACUUAUUAACUA